UGCAGGCUACACUCUGUCCUCCCUGCAGCAUGAAGUAGCUCCACACAUCCUUACCAUGGAGAAGCCUCUGCUGAGCGAUGCUGAGAAACCACAGUACCAGUCUGUGGGGAAGACCCUGCGCGAGGCGGACAAGAGAUACGUCCGAACACUAGACAACAAGAAGAUGUUCCUGGCCGCAUUCUCCGCAGUCCUGGGGAACUUCACGUUUGGCUAUGCCCUGGUGUACCCCUCCCCGGUGAUCCCAGUCCUGGAAAGAGAUUCUGAUCCCAGUAUGCACAUUACAUACGCAGAGCAGUCCUGGUUUGGGUCCGUCUUUGCUCUGGGCACCUGCGCAGGAGGUUUAAGCUCGAUGUUCCUGAACGACCGGCUUGGACGCAAACUGAGCAUCAUGUUCUCCGCGCUACCUGCGGCCGUGGGCUUCCUCCUCAUGGGAAGCGCUCAACAUAUCUCCAUGUUACUCCUGGGCAGGAUCCUAACAGGCUUGGCAGGCGGCAUAACGUCAUCAUCCAUACCGGUGUAUAUUUCAGAGAUUUCCCACUCAGGAGUAAGAGGUGCGCUGGGCGCUUGCCCCCAGUUAUUGGCUGUCUGCGGCGCGCUGGUCCUGUACGCACUCGGCCUCGUGCUGCCAUGGCGCUGGCUGGCGAUAGCUGGGGAGGUGCCCGUCGUUGUAAUGCUUCUUCUCCUGUGCUUCAUGCCCGACUCCCCGCGCUUCCUAAUAUCAAAAGGCAAAGACGAAAAGGCCCUGGAGGCCCUGCUCUGGCUCCGAGGGGCCAACACUGCCUACAAAGGAGAGUUCCAAAGGAUUAAGGAUAGCAUCCUGAAGACGAACAGUUCUCUGACCUGCAGCGAGCUCUCGGAUCCGCAUUACUACAAACCCAUCCUCAUCGCCACACUGAUGAGGUUCCUGCAGCAGCUGUCCGGCAUCAACCCCAUACUCACCUACCUGGAGCCCAUCUUUAACAGGACCAAUGCCAUUCUGAAAGGGGGAUACGACGCUGCGCUCGUCGGGCUGGUCAGGCUGAUCUCGGUGCUGGUGGCCGCCACGGUGAUGGAUAAAGCUGGGAGGAAGAUCCUGCUCUUCACGUCCAGUUCUCUCAUGCUGGUCUCCUCGCUCUCCAUGGGCUUGUACAUUCAUUUUACCAUAGACCAAAAGCAGAAUUCCACCAACCUGACGACGACGGACCCCUCCGAGCAUGUGACGGACCCUACAAACUAUCUCGGGGUGAUCCCCAUCAUAUGCAUCAUGCUGUAUGUGUUAGGCUACGCUUUUGGCUGGGGGCCAAUCACCUGGCUCCUGAUGUCGGAGAUCCUGCCGCUGAAAGCCCGAGGAGUGGCUUCUGGCCUGUGUGUGGUGGUCAGCUGGAUCACUGGAUUCAUUCUCACGGAGGCUUUUCUCCCUGCGGUGAAUGCGUUUAAGCUGGAGACUCCGUUCUUCUUCUUCACCAUUAUCUGUCUGUGCGGAAUCCUCUUCACCCACUUCUGUGUCCCAGAGACAAAGGGACGAACUCUGGAGCAAAUAGAAUCCUACUUCCGGACAGGUCGGCGGUCCUUCAUUAAAUAGCUAGGAGAUCACCCGCUAGUGCUAAGGGGCAACCACGGCGGGAGACCCAGACUACACCGGCAUUAUGUGACACCAGAGCCGGGGGUAUCACAGAGGUGGACAUUUAGACUGCUCCGACGCUUCCCACUGCAUCACCCUAAACUUUAUGUGAUCCUCUAUAAACUUGGAGACUUCCAGGACAUAACGUUUGUUCAGUCCCCACUGGCUUCACACUACAUCUCUGCGGCCAAAUCCCCCUAUGUGAUAAUCCCGCUGCAGAGAAUAAUAAAUAAUCCAAGUGACAAAUGUAACGGACCAUAGAACCAGCCUCAAUCAUAUAUCCAGUUACAUCAGUACUCCCAUACUGUUUAACCCUUCAGUCACUGCCAGAAGCCGCCAUACACCGUGUAACGAAACCAGGACUAAACCAGAGGUAGGUAACCUGGGGCUCUGGAAGUGUGGAACUACAAGUCUCAGCACAUCCUGCCGGUGUCUGAGAGGCCAGAGAACGACCUUACGUAAGCCUGAUCUGAUGACUGGCGUCAUUACUCACACAGGAAAUGCAGCAACCUAAUAGCAGAACUGCGUCACGCUGCUAGCAAUCAUUUCCUCAAUAUUCCUCUGCAGGGUGAUGACUCCAGCACCUUACACCCACUGUCCUGGUGUGCCACAAAUCCACGGACGGAGCACAUAUGUCACCCAAUACAACUAAUCACAGCUCUCGUAACAUGGUACUUUAGAGUUACGGAUACACAAUUUUGAUUGCUUCUAUAGGUCCUUAGUUCCAAACUCCAAUCCUCAGCUGCCCCCCAACAGGACAUGUUUGCAGGAUUUCUUUAACGUAUGGGUGAAUUAAUAUUCUGUAUUUUAUUUGGUUACUAAGUAUCUCACUGUUUGCACAAACAGAAAUCCUGAAGCUAUGGCCUGUUGGGGGUACAGGAGAAUAUCCUACCAAUAAAUAAUAAUAGGUAGAAAUACUAUGGGGUAAAGUGACUACGUGGCAGAUUGCUUCGUGGCGGGUAUGACAAUGAAAUUUAACACAGCGAUGAUAUUUAAGGGAAAUCACAGUGGGAUUUUCUUUUAAUAUCAUUGCUGUUUUAAAUGUUGGGGUUGCUACUUAAUAAAUGUACCCCCGUCUCACAUUACUGUAGUACGUGACUGGCUACACGCUGUAUAUACCACAAUCUUUUCCAGUAUCAGCCACGUCAGAAUAUGUACCGUAACUUACACUGCCCUAUUAAUAAUAAUCCCGUUCCAUCGUUCAGCGAGCCGCAUUCAGUUACUGACAAUGUAGAUUACAUUCACACACUAAGCCUGUCAAUAAUUAAAAGUGAUUUCCAGCUUUAAAUGAA